AUGAGCAUCCUUGUCCAGUGCACAAGUGAAUGGGGGAUGACUGAUCAUGUGCAUGUUUAUAUCUUUUGCUACUUUGUUACUUCCUUUUGUUCUUUCCAAUCUUCUUGUUACGUGGUAUCCUACUUUGAAGAGUUAGCUAUGCAUUUGCUUCCCGUUUCCGGUUUCGAAAGUCUGGAUUUUGAUUACAGUUUAAUCCAAACUCUUCAACUUGUUGCCUCUGUAAAUAGCGAUGUGGCUGCCAAGGGCCAAUUAUAUGUCUCUUAUGUUAAUAUGCAGAUUACGAAAUCGGGUAAGUACAGCACGGCUCUUUCUCAUUUCAACGAGUUGCAGUUAAAGGACAUUGAGCUAGAUUUGUAUACCUUCAACAUUGCAAUUAACUGCUACUGUUGCGCGAAUCGAGUUGGCUUUGGGUUCUCUCUUUUAGGCAGCAUCUUCAAACGCUGUUACACGCCUAAUGUAGUUACCUUCACCACUCUGUUAAAUAGGCUUGUUGCACAAGAUAAAGCUGGUGAGGCUCUCUCCCUUUUCAACAAGUUGCAGUUACAAGACAUUGAGAUAAAUUUGUAUUCCUUCAACAUUGCAAUUAACUGCUACUGUUGCACGAAUCGAGUUGGCUUUGGGUUCUCUCUUUUAGGCAGCAUCUUCAAACGCGGUUAUACGCCUUGUGUAGUUACCUUCACCUCUCUGUUAAAUGGACUUAUUGUACAUGAUAAAACUGUUGAGGCCGUGGAGUUUUUUGAAAUAAUUGUCAAAAAAGGCGAAUUCAAACCCGAUGCGUCGAGGUAUGGAUCGUUUAUAAACAGGCUAUGCAAAAUGGGAAACAAGGGAGCGGCUAUUAGUUUUCUGAGGAUAGCGGAAGAUGGAGGUUUAAAACCUAACACAACGACAUAUAGCAUGAUCAUUGACCGUCUUUGCAAGGAUGGUAUGGUGGAUGACGGUGUCUACUUCUUAGUAGAAAUGAAAAGCAAAGGUAUUCGUGCAAAUGUUGUCACUUAUAACUCUUUGAUUGAUGGCCUAUGCAAACAUGGAAAGUGGAAGGAGGCUACAGGAAUGCUAAGAGAAAUGGUGGAUAGUGGCAUUUCUCCGGAUGUUUGUACAUCAACUGUGUUGGUCAGUGCACUUUGCAAGCAAGGGAUGAUAAAGAAAGCGGAGGAGCUACUUGAAGACAUGAUAGCUUGGUGGAUGUCUUGA